UCUUUGGAGAAAUUCCAGAGGGGUCCCUGGAGGAAUCACUUUAAAAAUCUCUGGAGGAAUCCAGUUUUGUCAAUGGUGAUUUUCCAUAACCUUAAACCAUCUCAUGCCUAUUUCAGUCGUAAGAUCAAAUUUUCCUCGUUUCUAAAGAAAGGUGAGCUAAAAAAAACUCUCUCUGGAUCUUAACGGAACCAGUUCCGAAAUAUCCGCAUAUGGCCAAUGCACCCAUGUGCUGUUAUCGCGCUGCUUGGCAGAUGCUUGAAGGAAAAUCAAGGCAUUUGAACCGUCGAAUGUUCUGUCGUGGAUCCUGUAAUGUUCAGCAAGUGGACAAAAUUGUAACCUAUUCUUAGCUAAAACGAUCAUUUUCCAACAACGAACUUAUAACUUUUCCAUUUUUUACAAAAUAAAGGACGGCCUAGAGAUUAACCGUAGGCCUCUGACGUACAUACCGUUACCGAACUUCGAGAAUCAGCGGAUCCGGGGUCGUAUCCUUCAGGUAUUCCUUGGAAGAAACGGUAGAGUGCGACAAGCACUAGUGAAGACGGCGACAGGGGAAUUCAAAAGGGAUGCAGUCAAACUACCAGUUCUUAAUGUAGAAGAGAAGUGUAAACCAGGCGACAGAUCAGCAGAGAUUCCUGAACCAUGCCGUGGUUUACGUUUGUUACGACAAGAACCGUGGCUCUGGCAGCACUGCCACAGAUCUGACGUCCCACUUACUGAUCGUACACGAUCAACAGUUGGCAACAGUUGACUUUCACAACGGCUUAAACCUAAAUCUAUUUUACAGCUUACGAAACUAAAACCUAAAUUUAUCGUGCAAAUUUCAUAUGCUAUUCUGUUGAAGAGAGUACGGAAAACCGAGGGGGUCGACAGUAAUCAAUUUGCUUCAGUUACCGUGCGAUAAGCCGUAAUUUUGUUUGAUUUUCUGAAUUAUUCUUAAUUGUUUUCAUUAUACUGAACAUCGGUUCGAUUUUAUCGGAUUUUUCUCAUUUUCUGCCAUUUUCCAAGAUAAAAUCGAUUGUAUGCUAUUUAUUUUCAGCAAAAUGGUAAAAAUGGAACAUAUCUGAAAAAUCGAAUAAAAUGAAAAAAAUCGUUUGAAAAUCGUCGAAAAUCGGCGCUGGAAACGGCUAACAUCUCUUAAAAUGUUAUGACGUCGCGACGCCACGUCGAAAAUUUUGACAACUCUUCCAGGUAAACAAUCGGCUGCGUCGACCGAGGCGUCGGCCAUCAGCUGGUCGCUCAGCAGUAAGAGGCCCUUAUUAUGAGUGUCACUUCACGGUGAAAAUCGAUCACGGUGACACAUUGCGAAUCCACGGUGAAAAAGUUGUGGGUUAAUCAAAGGGGAAUCACUUUCACCGUCCUUAUUACCGGUGUCACUUUUUGGUUUUCACUGUGAAGUGACACUCGUAAUCAGGCCCAGAAUAUUGCUGGAAUUAGCGAUUGCAACAAUGGAUUACCUCGAAAAUAUGGGAAAUGUUAUUAUUGAGAAGAUGUAUUUGCAAUAUAAUAUCAUACUGAGCAUAAAAAUAGUGAGUAGGCUAUGUAAACAACAGUCACAUUCGUGAACAGCUGUUGUUUAUAAACAAGCUCCAACCUCGGCUCCAACCGGAAGAACAGGGAGAACAAAACAAAAUCGAGAAAAUGUGACAUUUUUGUUCAGGGAUGUGCAUCGAUUUUGUUCGAUUGUAUGUGGAUAAGCCAACAUUAUAAUCGAUUUUAUCGGAUAUUUCGGAUAUGGUUGAUUUUAAUCGAUUUUCUGUUAAUUUCUUCAGUUUUGUUGAAAUUAUGAAAAUAAUGUGAUUCCUUGUAGGUUUUGGCUUAAAAUCAACGAUAUCGGGAAGAGUCAUCCCCCUCGCGGAAAACAAUAUGCAAAUUUGUAUAAAACUAAAGUAUAUAUUUACAGAAAUAUGGUAAAAUUAACCUGCAGGUGUUAGGUACGACCAGUCCAAAUCUUUACUAUUACACCAAAUAUGUAAGUCAUCCUGGACUAUCCUCAAUUAAAUCACAGACAAACAGACGUAUCACUUGGAACAAAAUGCGGUAAAAACCAUCGUCACUCAAACAUAAUCGCCCAAUGCUAAUUACGCUGUGGUACGCAAACCCACUGAAUAGAUGACGGUUGUGAGCAAACGUCAUACAGGAGCAAAAACGAUGCGAGCGCCAUGAGCGAGCGAUUUGAGAACUAUGGAAUAAUCCGUUAUAAAGGGAAACUAUGGGAAGUGAGUAGAGUGAGACGUCUGUUUGUCUGUGAUUAAAUCUUCUAAAUCUCGGAUACUUUUUCAAAACGACGUAUAAUAUACGCAAAUCCUAUGUUGAUACGUCGUUUUGAAUAAGUAUCCGAGAAAUAAAGUUUUAUAUCUAGCUUAAAACGCACAGACAAUUAAAUACCACUCACUAGUUUUACGUAAUAUCUGGCACAGGUAACGAAUAUUAUAACAUUAUUGCAUCGAGAAAUUCAUAUAACAAGAGUCAUAUUGUUGAGAAAUAUUUCGAAUAAUUCGAACCGUUAAACAAUCACGCACACUACACAAAUCCAUAUCGGUUGUUCCGUUUGAUAAGCUUGUCCGAUAAACCUGCCGACGGAAUGCAUUAGAGAUACACGUUUACAGAUGGAUAUUACUUUGAUUGAUUCUACGUGUCAAAGACAGCUUCACUUGAGUACCGGCACGAGGUAGGAUAUACCUAGAUGUUAGAAGCAAAUAACGUAUGCGUAGGUGAGAAUCACCUCCAUAAAUAACAAGCUAGUCAACAUUAAUAGAUAUGGAACCACAUCAAUCUAUCUCAGAAUGGGUAAUCACCACGAAAACGUGACGCCCAUUGAUACGCUAAUGAAAAGUCAAUAUGCAGUUCAUCGGGUUUUGUUCGCCUGUUUGGCCACGCUCAUUCAAGGGUGGCCAAUAAAUCUGGGCGUUUGGUACCGGGGAACCAUCAGUCCCUUUUGGAAUUUUCCACUACCGAACCCGACGGCAGCAACAUGCUGCCUACGUUAUGUCAUUCCGGUAUGUUGAUCUUAGCAGCUUUGGUGGGAGUUCGCCUAACUCAAACUACGGCGAUGGUUGAGGGCGAACCGGAACUGAAUCUACCCAAGUGGUUAACAAACGAUUUGAUUCUGAUGCACAUCGCUACGAUCUUCAACCGAACCACGCACAUUGAUCUGGUACUGGACGAUCGUUCGGGUGAUCGCGUGCGACAGCUGGACUACAUGGUACAGCAUCUACGAACGGACAAUGGAUUUCUGAGGGGUAAAUCCAUCCGGAUUUACCAGGAAAAUGCGGUUGACGAAGCGGACAGCUGCUCCACUGUGCUCGAUCACGGCUACGGCGAAGAGUUUGAACUGCUGCACUGGGAUCGGAGGUACGACUCGUUUGCCAAGAUAUGGGGGCAGAAUCAGUACAACGGUUACAUAGUGUUUGCGAAUUUGUUGACGUUCGAUCGGUUGGUAGGCUGUUUGCUGGAUCCGAUCGGGACGUACCUGAUCGUGGUGGAAGAAUCGAUCGAGCCGGAUGCGAUUACGCGAUUGCUGAGGUCGAUCUGGCGCAAGGACGGAACGUUCGGGGUGUUUACGCUAACCGGUGAGCGGGUGUUCGGGUACGAUCCCUUUGCGCGGUUGGAGACUGGACGAUUCGGAAUGUUGAAGGAGUUGAAAGGUGCGAACGAUCUACCUAGACUGCCGAACGUCUUCGAUGGAUAUCCGUUGCGGAUCGAGAUAUUCUGGUCAACCUAUACGACGCCGAUGAAUGCCAGUAGACCGAACAAGGACUUCAUCGGACCGGAUGCGGAAGUUGGACGGACCGUUACCAAGAUGCUGAAUUUCACAGCCGUCUUCAUUCCACCGGACAAUGACAACUUCGGAAUCCAACUCCCGAACGGAAGUUUCAACGGAGUAAUUGGACGACUCUCGCGACGCGAAAGUGAUGUGGCUUUCGUGGGAUUUUUCGUAAAGGACUACUUCAGUCGAGACAUUGAGUUCACCUCCGGAGUGUACGGCGAUGAGCUGUGUUGUUUGGUGAAGAAGGCUAGCCGAAUUCCGGAAUAUCUGCUUCCGAUUACGAUUUUUCCAUCGGAUCUGUGGGGUGUGUUGUUCCUGGCAGGGAUUGUCUUCGCGUUGAUUUGGGAAGUUAUCCGAGGAGCUAUUCGACUCGCGGCCAGGAUUCGAAAUGAAAGGAACCAACGUCAACGGCUAGCCGAGCUGUUCAACUUGUCCAACGAGACUCGCGACGCUCCAAAGUAUCGCAAAGUGAUUCAGAUAUGUGUGGAUACUUACAUCAUUUGGGUGAGCGCGCCGUAUCGGAGGUUCAGCCAUUCCGGCGUUGAACGCUUGAUGCUCUUCGGUAUGAUGCUGGUGAGUGUGAUCUUCGUAUCUAUGUUCCAAUCUAGUCUGUCUUCCGUAUUCCUGAAUCCGGUGUACUACAAGGACAUCGACACGCUUCAACAGUUGGACAAGACCGGGAUGAAGAUCGCAGUCAAGUACAAAGGCUUCAUGGAUGACGUAUUUCCAGCUAACAAUACCCCUACCAUGGAUGCCCUGCGAAGUAAGAUGGUCUACGAGCCGAUUCAGGGUUCGAUGCCAGCCCGAGUCGCCAAAAUGGGAACCCUAUCAACUGUGACUCGAAAAUCAACUCUAUCCUUGGACAACGCCAUCUACUUGUCAACCAACCAACUGCACAUGGUGCGUGAGUGUCCCCGAAUGUACAACCUGGCCUACGUCGUUUCACGGCAUUCCGUAUUUCUCGAUCGGAUCAACACCAUGAUCAUGAGAGUUUUCGACGGUGGACUGGUCGAUCACUGGAUUUCGGAGAUGAACUACAACUUCACCAUCAGGGACUGGGAACAGAUCAGAGCAUCUAUGGGAACGAAUUUUAAAAUCUUGACGCUUGUGGACAUGCAGUUUCCUUUCUACCUGCUGGCCAUCGGGCUUUGCGUGAGCACGGUGGUUUUCGGAGCGGAACUUGUCCACCACAAAAUCGGACGGAUCCGGAACAAGUCCGUUGAUAGGAUUUCUUUUAGUUCUAGCGAAGUCAAACUUACUCCAAAGAGUUCUUCAAAUAGUUACAGUUAUACUCAGUAUUAG